AGAAAAUAUGGAAGCCAGAGUCAAGGAAGCCGAACACCUGUGUCAGUGUUGUGGAGGAGGCUGCCACGUAGUGUUGAUGGCAGGUAUCAAGACGUUUGUCUCUGUUGUGGCUGGAUGUCUGUAGGCCAAAAUGGCAGUCAAAGUACAAGCUGUUAUAUCAGCAUGGAAGUCUUUUGAAUUGGGUAUUGUGCAAAGAGAACUUGAUGAAACUGCCUCAGAAUUAGCUACUCGUCAAGAUGAAUCGGAAGAAUCUCGCAAGAAAUUGGUUGAGCUGUCGAGAGAAUUUAAGAAAAACACACCAGAAGAUAUUCGCAAACAAGUAGCUCCUCUACUGAAAAGUUUUCAGACUGAAAUAGAUAACCUAAAUAAGAGGAGCAAAUUUGUGGAAACUGCCUUUUUAAAUGUGUACAAAAAAGUAAUUGACAUUGCAGACCCACUUCCCACCCUGGAGUACUGUGCUGGACUAGAAAAAAAAAUUGGGCGUCUUGCUGAUUUGGAAAUAGAAAAUAAAAACUUGAGGGAAACUUUGCGUGACUACAAUGAAGAAUUCAAAGAAGUUAGGAACCAAGAUGUAACCAUAAAGGCCUUAAAAGAGAAAAUUAAGAACUAUGAGGACUUGAUGGAUGAUAAUAUACAAUCAAAAACAAAGGAACUGGAAAAGGAAUUGUGUCGUCAAUAUGCAGAGAAAGAGAGGUUGCUUCAUGAAACACAGGAAUCAGUGGUGAGAAGGCUUCAGGAAGCUGAGACAAGAGCUCAAACCCUGCAGUCCACUUUGGAUCAAACUCAGUCGGAGUUGUUUGAUUUAAAGAGCAAAUCUGAGGAAUCAAACUUUGCAAAGUCAGAUGAAACAGAUAUUUUGAUGAAUGAUCUUGAACGUACUAAUCAAAGAGCUGUAAUAGCUGAAAGAGAAUCAGCACAGUUAAAGGAACAGUUGAAGGCUUUGUCCAUUGCUCACAGUGCACAAAUAGAUAGCAUGUCCAACUCUGUGUCAUCUGUAAAUGAAAUUGAGUCUGCAGCUGAAAACUUAGCAAGAUCUUCCUUGGAAAUUGAAUUAGCUUCAAAAGACAAAGAAAUAUCCCAACUUGUUGAGGACAUAAAACAGUUGCAGUUGUCCUUGGACACUUUAAGAGAAAAUGCAUCAAAGAAAAUUCUGUACCUUGAGAACAAAAUGGAAGAUGAUACAAAAACUUUGGCUCUGUUAGAGGACAAAAUAUCCAAACAAAAAGAUUAUGAUGAGAUCAAGAGAGAAUUGAGCAUAAUGAAGUCUGUUGAGUUUGGUAUAUCAUCGCCUACUAUGACAGAGGAGUAUCUACAAGAAUCAUCAACACCUCCAAAACCAUUGGAGAUCCUUCUCUUAGAAAAAACAAAAGCAUUACAAAAUGAAAAUACUACCCUAAAGCAAGCAAAUGCAGGCAUAACAACAAAAGUGAAUGAAGUAGAACAAGAACUUGCAAAUCUACGCUCACUUACUUCAGAACAGAAAGGGUUAAUUGUUCAUCUUGAAUCUGAUUUAUCCUCAGUGCAGUCACUGUCGACGCUAUACCGUGGAGAGGGUGAAGGCGCUUCCAUGCCUGAGAUCGUAGCUGAGGCUGUCAGAGCAUCAACCAGUAGCACGCCACCCCUGACAUACCCCUCCGCUUUUGACACAAAUCCCCCAACUCCCACACCAGGAGGAAUUCCACCAGAUUUCACAUCUGCUGCUGAGUCUCUCUUACCAAUUGUAUCUGCACAGAGGGAACGUUUUCGUCAGCGAAAUGAGGAGUUAGAAGGGGAAGUUGCUGGGAGAGGGCAACAGGUUGUUCUCCUUCAAAAUGAACUAGACUCUCUCAGAGCAGAUAAUCUCAAACUAUAUGAAAAAAUAAGAUUUCUUCAGUCAUACCAAGGCAGACAAUCUAAGGAAGACACUGCAGCCGAGUCUCGCUAUAGUAGCCAAUAUGAGGAAGCCCUAGACCCCUUCUCUUCAUUUUCUCGCAAAGAAAAACAUCGCCGUUAUGCAGCUCUUAGCCCAUUUGAAAAGAUUACUCUUUCUAUGGGGCAUUUUAUAUUGAGCAACAAAACGGCUCGAACGGUAACUUUCAUGUACACGGCACUAGUGCAUAGUCUUGUGUUCCUCGUUCUGUAUAAACUGGCACACACCGAAUCAUGUAAGCGAGACUUUGCCUCAGACUGUGCACAGAAGUUUGCUGAACACAUGCACCAAGUUCAUGGGGAAACUAGUUUUCAUAAUUCACAUUAGUACAGUGAUAGUUAGAAAUCAACACAGAAGAUUGUACACUUAUGAAUGCAAAUUGUGUGAGUAAUGUAACCAUAGAUUGUAUUUAUACAUUUAUACUCUUAUCCUAUCCUAGGUUAACAGUACAGCAUUGGGAUCAUAGUUUAUGUAAGUAAAUAUGCUGUACUGUUUAGUAAAACAGAUUUAAGCAAAACACAGUUAUAUUGCUAUUCCAGUAAAUGGUCAUUGGUGUUGGUUUUUAUUUGAUUUAUAUUAUGAGAAUACAAAUGCGCUACAUACUGUAUAUGUUUAGUGAUACAAUAUAUAAAAAUUUCUUAAGUACAGCACUAGCUUUGGUUUUUAUGCUUUAAAGGUUGUUGUUAAACCGUUUCAUACGAAUGAUGAUUGUAUUCUUACAGGUUGGGUUGGCAUUAUAAACCUGAGCAGAGGUGUGGAUGUGUGGUAAUUUUUUUGUGUCGAAAAUUCAUUGUGUAUACCAGAAGUUUUAUUUUUUAUAUGCAGUAAUGUAAACUCGGUAAAAAACUAUCGUUACAAUUCAUGCGCGAAACAAACUUACACUACAAACAAACUGUUUCAAAAAGGCCCCUGAGGCGUUCCUCGCAUUGGUAGCCCUGUGCGUGUAUGGGUUGGCCACACGUGCUUGAAACAAGUGAUCGGCACUCUGAAACGAAACCCAGUACUAGACUUUCCGGAAUUAUCAACCAUAUGGUAAAAUGUCAUUAGGCCGGGUUCCAUUAUGACGGCAUGCGAAACUGUGGAGCUAUUCAAAUGUUUCGGAACUGCAUGGUAUAUUUUCCAAUAUGAAUAAAGAAUGACAUAAUGUGGCAUGAGCCCAAAGUAAAAUAGCAAUACAAAUACAGAUUCAAAAUUCGGUUGCAAAAUAAUCUUUUACCUUUAUUAUAUCCACUAAUUCUGCCAAACAUAUAAUGCAUUCCUAUAUGGCAACUCAUCCACUUCCAUGGUUGCUGUAGUCCACAGUGUGUGGAACAUUUAAUGUAACAUACAGUUUAACUUAUCUAGAUAUACUGACUUUCUCCAGUCUUAUUGUAACUAAUUCAAUAUAGUCAAUGAAAUAGCUAAUUUCAGCCUACCAAAUUAAGUAUGAAAUGUCUCAUAUUCAGGCCUACCAACCCUCGCGAGACAACAGGAAUGUUCAGAUGGAAAAUCUGGGAGCCCACCUGUACGGUAGUUUUUACCGAGUGUACGUGUUCAGGAAGAUAUAAAUUAUUUGCUAUUGAUAUAUCAGAGUGCAUAUACAGUUGUACUGUACUGUAUAAACAGAUUCUAAACUCAAAAUCCCUUUUGAGUUUCAUUUACAUUCUUUAAUGUAAUUAAUUAGUUUAAUUACCACUUGUGACAAAAGGUAAAGUGUCUCUCAUAAUGAUAAUACCAUAAUGAUAAUACAGUACAGUAUUCACAUGUAUGUAAAUAAAGAGACGAAACUGGCGUUAUUUUUGUACUGUAACAUGGAGAAUGUAUUAAUAUACCUUAUUUAUGUUGUAAUUCAGAAUUUAAAAAUGUGUUGUAAUCAGGUAGCAUGUUGAUUGGUGGAUGUAUUGUGUGUGCAUCUGUAAUACUAAAAAAAAAUUUUGAUCUUAUUUCAUAAAAACUUAUUUUAUUAUAGGAAAUUAUAAGCUGCAGUAAAAGUUAUCUGUAUCCUGUAUCUUUAUAUUAUUACAGUAUUUCAGUUCAGUAGAUUAAUUUCACAGAAUUUUGCCAUAACCUGUUGAUAUUCUGCUACCCUUUCCCAAGUGUUAAUAGAACACACCAGUGGACAGAUGGUAAGAAACAUUUUUACAAGACAGGGGAUCUUUGCUCCCAGAUCCAAGCAUAAAUAAUGUCACUGUCAGUGCGUCAUAAGCAGCCUACACAUGAAUUGUAGGCAUCAUUAGUAUAUCAUUGCUGUUACCUUGAAUGCUAUGUUUGUUAUUAUUUUGUUAUUGUUGUAUGUUAAUUUGAAUUACUGUACAGUAUGUUGUUCUGUAUUGUACAAGGUUCCAUGUAAAAUUAUGAAUUUAUAUUAUUUACCAGAGUUAAUAUAUUUGGUUAAGGUUCGUAAAGCCCUCCUACUACAUAACAGGAAAUAUCACCUCUUUUUUUCUCAUUAUACAGAUGUUAUAUAAAUACACUAUAUGGACCUAGUUUUUUUUUAAUAUAUACCUGUACAGUAGCUAAAACAACUAUCUGUGCAGGUAGGGGUCGAUAUGCUCCAAAAUUUUACGUGUGACUAGUGACAGCCCUCAUAUACCAAUAUUUAUCGUCCAUGGUCUCGUAUUGUUUCCCACAAAGUAUGCACAGAUAGUUGUUUUAGCUGCUGUACAUGAAUUACCAUAUAAGUCUUGAAUACUUUGCACUAUAAUUUCUCAGCAGAAAUUUUGAAUACAGUACCUCUUUAAUAACUGAAUCCAGUUAUGAUUCUUCUUUUUCUUUUUCUGUAAUAGACUGGGGGAGGUAUACAGGUCUACUGUAUAGUACAGGGUAUUAUCUCUGAAGAGUAGUGUAAGGGACAAGUGACCUCUAUACAAGCUAGGCAUGCUUAGCACUAAACACCAUAGAUGGGAGAGAUGAAGAUCUAUGCAUGAUUUACUUGUGUAAUAUUGCCGAAGUUGAGUGACUGUCCCACAUACAGUAAUGAAAGUACUGUACAGGUACUGUAUUAGUAGAAAUGUAAAUGGAAUCUGUAUUGAGUUUAUUGUCAGCUUUUCUUCACUCUGUGUUACUAAAUGAUUAACUGUAUGUUGCCAUUAAUUAUACUACUGUAUUUCCAUGCUAACCUGGCCCUUAAACCACGCCCCUCGUCUAUAGCUACAAGUACAGUAGCUGAUUGGUUCAUAGAAAUUGUUUGUGAAGCUGUCCAUUUAUUCAAACUAAAUGCAUUCACAAUUGUUAACCAGACUUGUUAUUCUCUAAAAUAAUGUUAAAUAUUUGUACUAUCAAAAUGCAAAUGAUUUCAAGGCAUUAGCACUUCAGAGAGGAUGUUAGAAAAUUUUAAAUAUUUGUCAUAAAAGGUCGAAAUCGAAGAUGAAAUUCGCUUUUGAAUGAAGUCUUUUCAUUAUUUCUUGUUUUGUACCAAACAGAAACAAAUGAUACCUAACAUAUAGCACAAUCGGCAAUGUACUACAGUUUGUGCAGCUGAAUAUAUCCCAAUUCAUUUAUAUAACUGAUAAAACUUGAUAUACCCCCUGUAUAUAUACGAGCACUAGGAGAGUGGGCACCAAAUCUUUAUUUUUGGGACUGUCAUGCUCGUAUUCAAGAAAUGAAAGGGGAUUUCCGAUCCCCAUAUGUGGCAAUUGUGUCUGUUGACCUUACCACAGGUGGAAUGUUGAUUCAUCGCUGAAAACGACAUUAUUCAAAAAUGCUCAUCUUCGUUACGAUUGGGAAUUUCAACAUCAAAUUGCUCUCGUCUGGGUUUGUCAUCAGUCUAAAAGCUUCUGCAUGAUUUGCAAUUUGCAAGCACAAAGUUUCAACCUCUUGUGAACCACCUUGUGCACUGUUGCUCACGGUAUUUGCAGUUCCAAGAUUUUGUAGGACUGGCUAAACACCUCCUGAAUUUCAGCUACUGUAUCUUCAGAUACACUGGGACUACCUACUCUUUUCUGAUGUAGCACACUACCAGUUUCAUGAAACUGUUUCAGCCAUCGCCUGAGUGAUUGCUCUGUUGGUGGAUUUUUUUUUAUUUAUGUUGGAUACGUCUCUGUACAGUAACUGAAGAUUUGGUUUCCCACAAACAUAGCACACACAUUGCUUUCUCCUUCAUAAUCGCCAUUAUGCUGCUGUACUGUCACAAUUCGUGCUCGUAGCACUCCUACCAAAUACAUGUCAAUAGAUUACCAGAGUUGCUUUAUUAAUUACACCAAACCCCUUUAUUUUUUCUCUUUUACAGUAAAAUA